CCAUCUCUCCUCCGCUCGUAGCCAGGCUUAGACAGACCAUGUCCACGUUUUCUUAUCUGUUGCACUUUUAAUGUCUUUUUGAUCCCACAUUAACCAAAAUUUCCACUGAACACAUCCAGCAUCAGAAUCUGCAGCUCUCGUAGUGGACAAUCGCGGUACUACAAUCGCAGGGGUUCAGCAGAUCCCCGAAAGUGAAAGCAUUCUGAAUCAGGAAGUGCCGGGAGUUAACAUGGCUUCGAAAAGAAAAGCCGAGAGUUGGACCGAGGAGGUAUUUUGUUCCAUCUGCCUGGAUUUCUUCACCGAUCCGGUUAUUCUGGAGUGUGGACACAACUUCUGUCGCUCUUGUAUCACACAGUAUUGGGAAAGGGAGGAGAGAAACUCCUGCCCGGAAUGUAGAGAGGAGUUUGCUGACCGCACCCUCAGGGUGAAUCGGGCCUUAGCAAAUCUGGCUGAAAAAGCUCGAAAUCUAAACCUGAAUCGGAAAGGGAAGGAAAGUGAACGUCACUGCGAGGAACAUGAGGAAGAACUGAAGCUGUUUUGUGAAACGGACAAGACACUGAUCUGUGUGAUCUGUGCAGUGGCGGAGGAACACAGAGAGCACCGCUUCCUGCCGAUUAAAGAAGCUGUUAAAAUCUACAAGGAUCAGCUAAAAUCUUCCUUAGACUCUCUCACAAAAAAGAUAUCAGACUUCCAGGAAAAGGAGCAGCAACAGAAAGAGAAGAUUUCCGGAGUUCGGAAACAGUCACACAGCGUUCAGAACCACAUCGCAUACCAGUUUGCUGAACUGCGCCAGAUUAUCACUGAGAAAGAGCAGAGCUUACUCAGGGAUCUCAGGGAAGAAGAGAAGAGGAUUCUCAACCCAAUGGAGAAAAAUCUUCUGGCUCUUCAAGAGAAUAUAAGGAUUAUUCAGGAGGAAAUCACAAAGUUAAAGGAACAGAUAGAUCAAAAAGACAGUGUGAUGUUUCUCAAGGAGGAAGCUCAUCGAAACAGGAGUAUCAGCCACGAUGUCCAGGAAUUGUCAGUGACAGAUGAGGCCCUACCGGUUGAAAAAUUCGUUCGCUUCUAUUUGCUGAACACAGUGCUGAGUGAAACACUUGAUGCCAUUAACCGAGUCUCUGUCACCCUGGAUGUGGAAACGGCGGGUCCGUGUCUCGAGGUGUCUGAGGAUCGGAAGAGUGUGAGACGGACCCGGACCUGGAGAGAUCUCCCUGACACCGGGAAGAGAUUCACAAACCGGUCUUGUGUGCUGGGAUCGGAGGGAUUCACAUCGGGGAGACAUUACUGGGAGGUGGAGGUGACGGGGAAUCGGUUCUGGUGUGUGGGAGUCGCCGCAGAGUCUGUGGAGAGGAAGAGACGGGUCAGACUGAGUCCGGAGACCGGAUUCUGGGUCAUCGGGCGGUUUUGUGACGUGUUACAUCGGGAUUAUGACGUGUCCGGUCUCAUCUCCCCCGAGUCCCGUCUCGCUGCCGGUCCCAUCCCCGGGAGGGUGGGAGUUUAUCUCAGUUACGAGUCCGGGACAGUUUCAUUUUACAACGCGGAGACCAAGUCCCAUCUCCACACCUUCACUGGGAAUAAAUUCACGGGGAAACUUUAUCCUUUCUUCCGGACUGGGGAUGUAAACCAUUACGUGGAGCUGUGGAGGACGAUGGCGCCUAAAGGCUACUCCUUGUUUGCAACUUCGGAAAGAGCUCUAGACAAGGGCGAAAACACCAGCGCGCCUUCAGUAUUCCGGGAUUUCGUGGCUCUGGAGGCGGGUGGAGUCGAGGUCGGUGCCGUUGCAGGAAAUCGGUGCGUCGUGGGAGCCGGAAGAUCGAAAGCAGCGAGCUGGCUGCUGGCCGUGUGCCCAAAGACCCGAGUUCCUCGGGCACAGAGCUCGGAACUAUCGUAG